AUGUUUGAAUGGAUAAUAAUUGCCACCGUUCUUCACCAGGCGACAUCUUUAAAAUGUCGAAAAUCCCUCAAAGACGGAAGUUUAGUAAUCAACACCAAUCAACCUUACUGCUCUUUUCUACUGCCUCCACCGUGCGAGAAGGGGAAAUAUGUCCUUGGUUCAAAAUGGAAAGCAGACAGCAAGCCGAAAGAAGAGUGUAUCAUUGCUCCGUCGGGGGCUUUUUCGUGUGUUUGCUACAAAGACUUCUGCGCAUCGGAAGUCUCAUAUGUAAUGGAAAUAUGGAAACGUUCUCCCCAGUAUAGCGCCACAAACAGAUACACCAAUUGUUUAACGAAAAUCAUAGAGGAUGCUAAAAAAUAUGGAAAUGGCUCCACUACUCUCAUUCCGAACAAAAUUCAAAAUGGUGGAACGACUACACCUGCGCGGAAAGCGAAGAAGAAGACUGCCUUUCACAGGAACUAUUUCAGUGCUAUAAUUCUUGUGAUCGUUUCCCUUGACUUUCUGCUAUGA